GUCUUCGCACCACGCUGAGCUUCCGACACUAGUGGUUUUCGCGCGCUUUUCGCGAACACUUGCCUUUGUCGGUUUAGGCUACGGCGUACGCCGAUAGUUUCAGUGACUUCAGAUCAAGCGCGUUCUUGUGACUUUUUUUUCAAUAAAGUGAUUUUCUACUCUUUAAUACGAAUGUUUGCUUCAAGAUGUCAGUUGUGUUUAUUCUUCUAAUUUUUAAUAUUAUUGGAUCACUGAGAGCCCGCCAGCCGGACAUAGACAUCAACAGAAUAAAACUUUUACCGAAAGAAGGAUUUCACAGUCGACCUACAAAUUAUCACAACCUACCAGCAAAUUAUCACAGUCGUCGUUCGAUAAUAACCGAUCACUACCGAAGAAAUGAUUAUGACAAUUAUAGCAGCCGGUUCACCGAGUUACGGCCGCCGCUGCACAUUCGGUACGAUGCCCCACCACUUACCGAAGAGAAGACGGGUAAAAUAUACCAACCAAGAGAAGACCCGCGGCUCUUCUAUCAGUCUGAUGCAUAUAUUAAAGAAACUAAUCGGAAGAACUUGAACAAUGAAGUGUCGUCCGUCUACAUAGGACGUGGAGUCGUGCGAGCAGGCGAAGUAAGCCGCAGACGAUCGCUGCCAAUUCGUUUGAGAGAUAAUGAGUCUAACAACAUCAAUGAAGAUAUCUGCGUGCGAUGCCCCCCUGACAGAACAUUAAUUACCAGGCCAGGUGCUGAUCGUGCCAAGUUACAAUAUCCUCGGAUAUUCUCAUGUUCGGGAAGGAAAGCUUCGAGGCACGUACGUUUCGUUCACAUGUUCGGGCCUAAAUUCGGCUCUCUACUGAAAGAGGGCUCCCACAUGGUUGUCGGUCGAAUCAUGCAUAAAGACGAAAUUCUCCAAACAUGCAAAAUGCAGAUACAUGUCUUGGUACAGACUUGUGUCGUGCCCAAAUAUUUAGUGCCACAUUGCGAUGCUGAAAAUAAAGCUUGCAACUUUACGUGCCGAGACCCGAAAGCUGAAAUGCGAGGACAAAGAACACUGACAUGUGGUGACGACAUGAAGUGGUCAGGACACUUGCCUGCUUGUAAUGCUCGUUCGUGGUGUCGCCCUCCGCCUCCCCCCGAGCACGGGAGAGUCAGCUGCAAGGGCGUGACGUCACCAAACGGCUGGGGGCUCAACGAAGGCUCCAGCUGCCGAGUGAGAUGCGCUCGCGGAUGGAAAUGGAGCUCUCGGUCUAUGGCCGUGUGUAGGCGCGGCUCUUGGACUUACGAUCUAGGAUGUCUGCCGAAGCGGACCAAAUAAUCGUGUACCUAGCCAUACUUUUAACUGGAAGAGGGAAAUUCUUAUAUAAGUACUACGGUUAUUCUAUUUUUUACUUACCUAAGUCAAAAUCCGAUAUGCGGCGUGAUCUUAUCAAUCGCGGUAAUAACAUACCUCACAGUUUUUUUGAUUUUCUUGUUUAACUCUGAAAAUAAAGUUGAAUUUUCCGCUACCAGUUGAAGCAUCACUUAAUUGUGAUAAUUAUGUAUAAGUAAUAAUAGUAGAUAAUAGUAUGAAUUACUUAGGUAGUUAAGGUACUUUCUUUACGACGUUUGUAAUCUUACUCAACAGUUGGUAUCGUUGAUUGCUGUGUCGAGAUCGAAAAUGCUGAAUGAAAGUGCUGUAAGGUAUAUUUGCCUAGCAUCAGCAUCGGAGACAGCCAGUUGAUCAGCUGGUUCAUACUCUGCAUAAUGUCUCCGUAAAAACAGAUAGUUGUCCAACAGUCAUUACUUCUGCCUGUGACUACAGUUGAGUGGUGGGAAAAUCCACCGGUAACGGCAACAAUUUGGCCAUCAUUGCCAAAAAGGUGGACAGGAAUAUUCAUAAUAUGUGGGUUAUUCACCAACUGGACACAAGGGACUGGAUACACGUGUGUCCAGUUGGUCAAGGCUGAUUGAAUUUCCUUCAUAUGGUAGUACCGACAUAGUCUAUCCUGUCUAUCUAGUCUAUCCAAAGGCUAUCCAGUUGUAGUUCAUAUUAUUGCCGAAACUGAGGACUGACAGCUCCGAGAGAAGAACAUAACAGCUCGUCGAUGCACAUGCAUAUGUGAGCCACAUUGUUACGAUUGUUAGAAGCAGCUUCAGAACUGUUUAAAAGGAGAUAUUCAUAUUUAAACAGUGCUAAAAACGUCAUUGCAUUUAAGCUUGAAAAAUACUUUUCAUGAAAUCGAGGCGAUUUUCAACCUGACUGUUGUGGCCAGUUGGCGAACAUAUAAAAGUGAUAUAAUUUAAGUUUUACCAAGUAGAAAGCAAUGAAAAUCUUGGCGUGUCCAGAUGACUAAAUAAUAAGUGAUACUAAUUUUGAGUGUCACCAACUGGACACACGUGUGUCCGGUCUCUUGUGUGCAGUUAGUGAAUAACCCUAAUAUGUGACACAAACGAUAAUAUUAUCCCGAAUCGGGAAACCCGAAUACGUUACAGUAGAUAUAUAUAAUAGAUAAGAGAGUCUUGCACAGUUCAUUGUAUUAUCGGAUCCCGCCGUAACGAGACCUUCUUAGUACCUACAUAUAUCGUGUGCGUAGAUUGGAACAUUUGUGUGUAAUUGUAAAAAUGAAGAACAAAUUAAUUUUCAUCGGAAUUAUUUGUAUGAUUGCUACGGCAACAUCAACGGAUUGUCCCUCAACGAAAAUUUCAUUCGUGAUAAAACAGGGCCAGUGUUAUAAUUACGAAAGUGGUACCGUUAGUCACAGCACUUCUAUUGUGAAUGAUCCGUACAAGAUAAAUCUCUUUAUGGACAAUUUAUUACCUUUUUGUGAAACCGACAUUUGCGGAGAUGGUCGACAUCAUUUAUUUUGUACAACAUCCGGGUCUAGCAGCGGUGAUUGUAUUUCUGGCAAUGCAAUCGAAAACUUUGAAAGGAUAUAUGCCGGCCGGGUGGACAGCGUGGCUAUAAAAUACAACGAAUUGACGGUUAUUCCUGCACUUGUACGUGAACUCAUAGAUGGAUUUACAUCUGAAGAUCGUUCGAUAAAGCUAUCUGAGCAUCGUGAUCACAAGGGUGAAAGCUUGACGAUACAUACGAAGAAAGGACAAUGUAUAAAUCUACCUACAGAAUGGCAGAUGCGAGUGUCGUCGUAUGGAUCGAAAAAACAAGCAAGAUUUUAUACCGGAGAAAAUUGCACUGGUCAUUCAGUUGUUGCCUGUCGUGAAUUUGCGAACACUGGUUUUUGGGAGGAUUUAGACAAUUUAUGGGGACUGUUAUGCUCCACAGAUCGUAUGAAUGACAAUACUCGAUCAUUCAAGUUUGAAUAAAAAUGAGUGUGUAUAAUGCAUUUUUCUAUUAAAUUACACAUGUACUUUUGUUACACCAUAUGUAAACCACGUCACUAGGCAGACAAGGAACUCUUGUGCAGCUUAGCUAUGUAUCAAACAAUGCAAUAAAUACCUAAAUCAUCAUCGAAUUAAAGUUGUGGCUCUUGGACUUACAAUCUAGUACCCUAGUACGUCUGUCGAAGCGGACCAUAUAGUUGUGUAUCUAUCCAUACUUAAAACUGGAAGCGGAAAACUAAUAGUUUUUUUGAUCAUCAAAAGUGUUUUUUCGAUGUUUUACUUAUUUGCCGCGUGAUCUUAUUGAUUGCGGUGAUAAUAUAGCUCAAAGUAUUUUUGAUGUCCUUGUUUAACUCAUCAAAAAUAUUUUAAUGUAAAUUUCCCUUUACCAGUUGCAGCAUCACUUAAUAGUUGUAAUUACUUAUUAUAAGAAACAAUAAUAUAAAUUACUUAGGUGUCUCUCCACUGAUAUUCUGUUCAUAAAUAGGUAAGUCUCUAUAACAAAUAAACUUUAAUUUAAGAAUGAUCUGCAUGAUAUCGAUAAAUAAGUACAAUUAACAUAACAAAAUCUAUUUCAUAUUGCAAUAAACAUAUCCAUUGUU